UGUUUCCACAUGCGCAAACACUCCAGACAGUAACGUAGGUGAUAAGACCGACGCUCUGCACGGCAAGGUCGCAAGGAUAGGCUUGGUUUUACUUUCGGCGCCAGUCGACGGAGGCCUAUCUGAACGAGCAAGACGCCCGCCUGCCCACGGCAACGGUUCUUCUUUUUCCCCACCCCUCGCGUAGUAAAGUCUGCAUAUAUAUGGGGUCCUCUCCUUUGCCGUCCAAGCUCCCAACAUCCCAAGCCAAGAGAUAACCAUUGCCCGUGCCUCCUGUUCAGGCCCUGAAAUGGAUGGACCUUGCAACAAGGCUCUGCGCCGUGAGGCCGCCGCCUGCGUCUGCCAAGGAGAAGAUGAUCACCCCGACGCUGCUUCUUGCACCUCGCCCUCAGGGGCGUCCAGCGGGUCGUCGUCGUGCUCAUUGGCGUCGGAUCUGGGUGAUGGGUCGAGUUACUCCCCGCCCGAUGAUCAUUCCUCGGGGUCGUCUUCAGCGUCAUCGAGCACCUUGCAGCUGGACUCUGAGGCCGAGGGACCUCUCUACGAGCUGUCUUCGCUGCUAGCCCAGCUUCCUGCCAGGAGAGGGUUGUCCAAGUACUACCAAGGGAAGUCCCAAUCAUUCACAUCGAUAUCUUAUGCUACAUGUCUUCAAGACCUUGGAAAGGAAGUUACCUACAGCAAGAGGAUGAAGACAUGCAAGAGCUAUACAGCGGGAUCAGGCAUGAACCAGCGGUCAAAUCACUCACCGAGGACAUGCAACAAGAUGAUAGCCAAGAGGCCCUCAAAAAGUUCAUUUGCUUGUCAAAUGUCCAGAGCAAGCAGCACCAACCUCUUGUUCAGGAGUGCCAAUUUACCUGCACACCAGAACAAGGAAGAUGUACAAAUGCAUAUGAACUCUUAACUAGCUACAACUAGAAUGCCAGGACUCCACUUCCCAUGAACAUACAGUACUUACUGUACACUUUCACAUGGAAAUUCAAACUAAUUUCUCAUUCUGAGAUCA